UCUCUCUCUCUCCGCACGCGUGCUUGUACGCAUGCAUACUUAUUCUUUCAGCUUAAAAAUGUUAGUCGUGGCUGUGGUCACCAUGAUUAAGCAUAUUUAAGGCAAAGCUUAGAGACAGAAAGGGAGAGAAACAGAGAGAGACCGUGCAUGCGGGAAAUUUAUCCAUAAUGGACACCAUGUGGCUUGUGUUAGGGACAUCAAUUUUCUUUUCCACCAUAAUUCUCUACAGGAAAAGGUUUAGACUCAGAUCAUUACACAGAAGCACACUUCCUUUAGGCAGUCUCGGAUGGCCUCUUAUAGGGGAAACAAUUGAGUUUGUGUCUUGUGCUUACUCUGACCGCCCCGAGAGCUUCAUGGACAAACGUCGCCGCAUAUAUGGAAAGGUGUUCAAGUCGCACAUAUUUGGAAGUCCCACGAUUGUUUCGACGGAUGCAGAAGUGAAUAAAUUUGUUCUUCAAAGUGACGCAAAGGCUUUCGUCCCGUCUUACCCCAAAUCACUCACGGAGUUGAUGGGGAAGUCUUCUAUUUUGCUGAUCAAUGGGAGCUUACAAAGGAGAAUCCAUGGACUCGUAGGAGCCUUCUUCAAGUCACCACUUCUCAAGGCUCAAAUUACAAGGGACAUGCAAAAGUAUGUUCAAGAAUCAAUGGCAAAUUGGAAAGAUGACCAUCCCAUAUACAUACAAGAUGAAGCCAAAAAUAUUGCCUUUCAAGUACUAGUCAAGGCAUUGAUUAGUUUGGAUCCCGGUGAAGAAAUGGAGCUUCUAAAGAAACAGUUCCAAGAGUUCAUCUCUGGCCUCAUGUCUUUACCCAUAAACAUUCCGGGAACUACGCUCUACGGAUCACUACAGGCAAAGAAGAAAAUGGUUAGUUUAGUACAAAACAAAAUCGAAGCUAGAAGACAGAGUGUCCUAAUCUCCACGGUUCCAAAAGAUGUGGUAGAUGUGUUGCUCAAUGAUUCAAGUGAACAAUUAACAGACGAUCUAAUAGCAGAUAAUAUGAUUGAUAUGAUGAUACCGGGAGAGGAUUCAGUGCCGAUUCUCAUGACUCUAGCCAUAAAAUACCUCUCGGAUUGCCCCACUGCCCUACAACAGUUAACGGACGAAAACUUGAAGCUGAAAAAACUCAAAGCUCAGCUCGGACAGCCUUUGUGUUGGAGUGAUUACUUAUCAUUGCCAUUUACACAGAAUGUGAUUACAGAAACUCUACGGAUCGGAAACAUUAUAAUUGGUGUGAUGCGAAAGGCCAUGAAAGACGUGGAGAUAAAAGGGUAUUUGAUACCAAAAGGAUGGUGUUUUUUCGCAUAUUUUAGAUCGGUUCAUCUUGAUGAAAAUCACUAUGACUGGCCUUACAAGUUCAAUCCAUGGAGGUGGCAGGACAAAGACACGAGCACUUGUAACUUUACUCCUUUUGGAGGUGGGCAAAGGCUCUGUCCUGGCCUUGACUUGGCCAGGCUGGAAGCUUCCAUCUUCCUGCACCACUUUGUCACUCAGUUCAGGUGGGUGGCUGAGGAAGACACAAUUGUUAACUUCCCCACAGUGAGAAUGAAGAGGAGGAUGCCAUUAUGGGUCAAGAGGAGAGGGAACCCUUGAGCCAGUUGCUUUGCUUUGGCUCCCAAUGGGAAAAAUCUCGAGUAACUUCGAUACGAUGGUAACCCAAAAAGAAAAAAAAGAAAAAAACAUCAUGCAAGAAGACAAAGAAAUGAAAGGGAGAAAGAGUUGGCCACAGAGCCCACAAGUGUGGGGGCAAUCACAAGCUGACACCUUUGUCAUCUUCCACAUCUACUUGCACAUGAUAUCGACAAUAUAUAGGAGUACAAACUUUUGUAGAACCCAAAUUAUUCAUCGGUUUUUUUUUUUUUUUUUCUCUCGCUUUUAACUUUUUUUUUUUUUCUUUUUCCUUUCUUUUUAACUGAGCAAGAAAGUUUAAUAUGCCAAGAAAUAUCCUCCAUUAAAGUGUCUGUACAAUCGAAAUAAAAGGGGAAACCAAGGGAGCUACUUUUGGCUUUGGUUUCUUAGAACUAUUAUAUAUUAUUGUUAUUAUUUUU